AUGGCUGCGGAGGGGCCCCCAGCCCCCUUGCCCCGCACCCCAGGCACCGCCGCCCCCCCCGAGGAGGCUGCUCUGCCGGCAGUGGAGGCAGAGACCCCGCAGGACCCGUCGCGAAGUGGGUACCGGCCGGCAGCCCACCUGCUCCCGCUGGCCAGCGACGUGAGGGACCGGGGGUUUCGAGGGCACAGGUCCCUCCAUAACCUCUCCCGUUCCCCGCCCCCAGCAGCCCAGGACAGCGCAGCCACACGCCAGGGCAAGAGCGGCUGCUCAGAGGAGUUCAUCCUCAACUACACCUUCACCGUCUGCGACCCCGAGCAGACAGGGAUGGUGCUGGCGUGGCGGGUGGUCGAGUACCUGCAGGCAGUGACAGGGCAGAGCAGCGAGGAGGGCCAGCUGCGGGCACUGCACCGCAUGCUGGACCCCGAGGCGGCUGGCGCGGCACUGGACUUGCCCACCUUCCAUGCCAUCAUGAGGGAGUGGAUCGCGUCGUGCCAGCAGGGGUCAGUGCCGGGGGACCAGGGCCAGAAGGCGGUUCCUCGUGUACUGGCCGGCACAACUGACAGUUCCCAUCUCUCCAGGGGCUCACGGCUCACCGAGGAGUGGGACGUGGCGGCAGGCGACCUCGGCCUAGUGCUGGCGGCGGGGGAAGGACGCAUAGCCCUGGCAGCUGCACAGCUCGAGGGCGAUGGCGGCAACACAGACAUCAUGAGCCCCACUGAAGCCACUGGCCUGCGCCGCCGUGCCGAGCAGCUGGCCGCCCAGAACGCCAAACUGCAGUGGGACGCCAAGCUGGCUGAGGAGCUCAACGCCCGCAUGGCUGAGGAGACGGCGCAGCUGAAGGCUCAGCUGCGAUGCAGCCGGCAGGCGCUGGAGCAGGCCAGAGCUGCCGCAGAGGAGCUGGAGGACCUGAAGGCCGUGGCAAAGGGGCUGGAGGAGGAGAACAGCGAGCUCCGCCAGCAGGCACGCCAGCUGGUGAGAGGCCCGGCCUCCUCACUCCCGGAAAAGGAGCAAAGGUGCCUGUGCUCGCAAGCCAAUGACCUCCAGGAGGAGAACCAGCGGCUGCUUGCCGAAGGCCAUGGGCUGAGGCAGCGGAUCCAGGCGCUGUCAGCCGAGACGGCCGACCUGGAGGCCCAGCUCAGCCGCUGCACAGCGCUCCUCUCCUCCCGGGAUGUGGCCCUCGCCCAGGCGGGGUUGCAGGUAGAGGAGCUGACGGUGGCGCUGGAGGAGUAUGACAGGGCGGUGCAGGAGCUGCGGCUGGAGACGAUGCGGCUCCGCGACCAGCUGGGCCGGAUGCAGGAUGCCUGGGCCAUGCAGACGUGGUGCCCACUCGGCGAGGCCGACAUCCCAGCACAGCCGCUCAGUGCCGAGAUCGCAGCAACAUGCCGGGAGACAGGGGAAGCAGAGGAGGACGUGGGGACGGCGGCGCCCGGAGCCCUGGCGGGGGACGGUGAAGAGCCGGCCAAGCCGCAGCAGUGCCCAGGCCCCAGUGAGAGGCUGCCACCGAUGCUGCUGCCCCUGCCGCCGCCACCGGCGCUGCUGGCCCUGCUGCUGCUGCUGGCCCUGCUCUGCCUCCUGCCCCGCCAUGGGCUGGGGCUGCCCAGCGGCAUGGCCGCCUGGCCCCAGCUCCAGCUGCGGUACCAGAGACCCCCACCCCUGUGAGACCCCCGCCGCAAUAAAGACCCG